UGUUUUGGCGGGAAAACCCAAAUGAUAUACGAAAAGCACCAAAAACGCUAGCGUGAAAAGGAUAAUCAAUCAAAUUCUCUGUUGGCUUUUUUGCGAUCAUGAAGAAAGAAGACGCUCAACUGAGCACAGCGAAGCGAGCAUACAGGAACGCAUCCGAAGAAGGGAAUCGACAGGAAGAGGCAAGAUGGGCAAAUGUAAUCGGAGAUAUUUUCAAGAACAGAGGAGAGUACGUCGAGGCUUUGCGUUGGUUUCGACUCGAUUACGAGGUUUCAAUCAAGUAUCUGCCGGAGAAACAGUUGCUCCCCACAUGUCAAGCUCUUGGUGAAGUCUAUCUUCGUCUUCAGCAUUUCAAAGAUGCCCUAAUUUACCAGAAAAAACAUUUGGAGCUUGCAAAGGAUUCGAAUGACGUGAUUGAGCAACAACGAGCAACCACCCAACUUGGUCGAACAUACUAUGAAAUGUUCUUAAAAUCUGAUAGUGAUCAUAGCUCCCUCCGAAAUGCCAAAAAGUAUUUCAUUUCUGCCAUGAAACUUGCUCAAACUCUCAAGGAGAAUCCACAUUCCAACAAGUAUACCUUUCUAAAAGAAUACAUUGAUGCCCACAAUAACAUAGGUAUGGUUGAAAUGGAUCUUGAUAACUUGGAAGAAGCAGAAAAGAUUCUCACGAAGGGAUUACAGAUUUGUGAUGAAGAAGAGGUGGUUGAGAAUGAUGAUGGACGCACAAGGCUCCAUCACAACCUUGGUAAUGUUUACAUGGAAUUGAGGAAAUGGGACAAAGCUAGAAAGCACAUUGAGAAGGAUAUUGUGAUUUGUAAGAAUAUUGGUCAUUGUCAAGGGGAAGCAAAGGGAUAUAUAAACCUUGGUGAAUUACAUUACAGGGUACAGAAAUAUGAAGAAGCAACUCUUUGUUAUCAAAAGGCAAUGAAGUUAGCAAAAUCUAUGGAUGAUGAACAUGCUUUGGCUAAUCAAGUUGACCAGAAUAUAGAAAUAGUAAAAGAAGCAACAAAGGUAAUGGAGGAUUUAAAAACUGAAGAACAGAAUCUCAAGAAGUUGACAAGAAACAUGGUGUUAGCUAGAGGCACAUCAGGUGAAAGGAAGUGUUUGUUACAACAAAAUGCAUCUCUUGAUUGCCUUAUUGAGAAAUCAAGCAUGAUUUUUGCAUGGAAAAAGCAUUGUGAGUUUGCCAAAAAGAAGAAAAAAGUAGCAAAUGAACUCUGUGACAAAGAGAAGUUAGGUGAUUCCUAUCUAGUUAUUGGAGAGUCUUAUCAAAAGCUGAGGAACUUCAGUAAAGCCCAAAAAUGGUACUCUAAAAGUUGGGAAACAUACAAGUCAAUUGGCAACAUGGAGGGACAAGCAUUAGCAAAGAUUAAUCUUGGUGAUGUUUUGGACUCAGUUGGAAAAUGGGCAAAUGCUUUGGAUGCAUUUAGUGAAGGAUACAGCAUUGCUCUUCAAGCUAACCUAAUUUCUGUCCAGCUGUCUGCACUUGAGAACAUGCAUUAUAGUUACAUGAUCAGAUUUGAUAAUGCUGAAGAGGCCAGGAGGCUGCAGUUACAAAUAGACGAAUUAAAGAACUCAAACAGUGAUCUUGAACCAUUAAACAUUCCAAAAGACUGUUGCUCUGAGACUGAUACAGAGGGAGAUGAUGAUGAUGAUAUAUCAUUAAUGAAGUCUGAUUCUGAUAUGAACUUUUCACCAAAAUUAAACACAUCAAAAUCAUAUGGAAUUGAGGAUUUAUCAGAUGAUGAGGUCCCUUUGGUUUCUUUUCUUCAUCAAUCUAAAUCAAAAGCUUCCAAAGUAACAAAACCUUCUGCUUCUACCAAAUCAAAGUCAACCUGUAGUCAAACAGUUAACAGAAAACGGGGUCGAUUAGUUCUUUCUGAUGAUGAAGAUGAAAAUAAGGAAGUGGGGUGUUCUCAAAGAAGAGUUCAUGAGUAUCCAGAAGAACAUGUUGCCACAUCUAAUGAAUUCAAGAGUGGGCAGGAUCUAAGUAGUUAUCAUGUUCAUGAAUAUCAGGAUAUGUCACCAGUUGCUUCAAAGUGUGCAAUUAGUGUAAAUCUUGAAGAAAGCACUUCUUCCCAUAAAGGAAAAAGUUCAAAAGUAGCUACACAAACUUUCAUAUCCUCAAAGGGAAAUGAAUCUUUCAAUGAUUCCCAUUUUGGUGUUAAUGGUGUCAGAUGUGAUUCUGGAGUUUCUGAAAAUAUCUGCCAAAAAAAUGCUCCUUCUGGCCCAUUUUUUGAUGCUUGUGAUGAUCAUAAUUGUAAACAUAUGAUAUUCAAAGUUGAGGAUGAUUUUGUACACAUAGAAUCAAGCUCAUGUAAGCUAAGCAUUGAAAAUAUGAAGGUUGAAGUCGCAUGUUUAUACUUUUUAAAACUCAUAAAGGAGAAUAGGUCUAAAGGGCUUUUGCCAAUGAUUAAACAUCUCAAAUGUGGGGGAGAAGUUUUAGAAUCUUUGGAUUCAUUGAAUAUUCCAAAGGAUUACAUGUCUGGGAAAUGCUGGAUUGAAGCCUCUAUUGAUCGUUGGGUACCUAAGCGCUUGGUCAAACUUUAUGUUGACUGUUGUAGUGAUAUAUCUGAACCUCCUAAUCUGAAAUUACUUAAGAAGCUGUAUAAUUUAGAGGUAUCAGAGGAUGAGAUUGUUGUCUCUGAUUGUGAAUUGCAAGAUAUAUCAGCAGCUCCAUUGCUAAAUGCCUUAAAUUCACAUAAGACAAUUGCACUACUAAAUCUUUCCCACAAUUUGUUAGGAAAUGAAAGUAUGGAGAAACUAAAACAAGUAUUUAUGUCAUCAAGUCAAAAGUAUGGUGGUUUGGUUUUGGAUUUACACUGCAAUCGCUUUGGUCCAACUGCCCUAUUCCAGAUUUGUGAAUGCCCUGUGCUAUUGUCACGUUUGGAAGUGCUUAAUAUAUCUGGGAAUCGAUUAACUGAUGGAUGUGCUUCUUACCUUUCUACAAUCUUACAAAAUUGCAAAGCUCUUUACAGCUUAAAUAUACAGCGAUGUUCUAUCACAUCAAGAACAAUUCAAAAAGUCACUGAUUCCCUUCAUUCCAGUUUCAUUCUUUCAGAAUUAUUCAUAGGCUACAACACCUCCAUAUCUGGAAAUGCCAUACUAAAUCUAUUGGACAAACUCUCCACUCUUAACAGUUUCUCUCAGCUAAAUUUAAAUGGCAUAAAGCUAAACAAGAACGCAGUUGAUAGCCUCUGUAAGCUUGUUAAAACAUCAGGCUUGUCUGAUUUGAUGAUUGGAGAUACAAGUAUUGGAUCUGAGAGAGCUAUAGAGUUGAUGGAUUCAUGGAAUAACGAGAAUCGGGAAUUAAUAAAGCUUGAUUUAUCAUGUUGUUUGCUGACAUCAGAUUACGUCAUCAAACUCCAAACCAAUCCUUCUUGGAUCAAUGGUGUUCUUGAGUUAAAUCUCGCACAUAAUCCUCUCAUGCAAGAGGGUGCAACUGCUUUAGCAUCAGUACUCAAGAACCCCAAUUGUUGCUUAAAAGCACUUAAUUUAACCAAAUGUCAACUCAGCCUUGUUGGAAUACUCACUAUUCUUCAAGCUUUAUCCCACAACACAUCCUCCAUAGAGGAAAUCAACUUAUCCGAAAAUGCCACUCCACACGAGUUACAAGAUCCCGAUUCCACGGUCAAACCGGACCACGAAAAAGUCAACAAAAGUCAACACGAGCUCUUCUCGGUCAACGCCGAUUUCACCGAUCUUGAAGUCGCAGAUAGCGAAGACGAAAUAGACGAUCCAAAAGUCAAAGUCAACACGAGUUCCUCACGGUCAGUGCCGUCGAGUCAUGAUGGGAGUUGCGUGAGUUUGUGUGAAAAUGAUCUGUUGAAGUCAAAGUCAAAGUCAAUGUUUGUUCAAGCGCUUGCGUAUGCGGUUUCUAUGGCGAAAGGGGUUCGGGUGCUUGAUCUAAGUGGGAAUGGGUUGGAGGAAGUGGGAGAUAUGUUGUAUGGUGGUUGGUCAACGGAUUCGAGGGGGGGUUUGACUAAAAAGCAUGUUGAGGGAAGUAUACUUCAUUUCUCGGUUGAUCCGUAUCAAUGUUGCAACAAUGAAUCAUGUUGCAAAAGGUUUUGAUUAUUUAGAUGUUUUUUUUAUAUAUAAUUAAAUGUGUGAAAUUAG